GUUAAACGAAAAUGUUCCGAAAGAAAGAUUGGUUACCGAAACGUAUCUGUGUUCCACGUAAGAGUGUCUCACUUGGUGACUCGUCAUCUUGGGUGGAUUCUUUCGGCCCCACAAACAAUGUCCCACCGAAACGGUCAUUCAGCCGCGUUGCACCCCAUUCGGGAAUCGUAAUGAAUCCAGAGAAUCAAGAAGAUCAAUGUUGUAUCGACAUUUCACCCACGUCAUCUCCGGAAGGAGAAACCUUGGAGUUUGGCCAUCAGCUAUUAAGUAUCGAGAACUUAGAUGAACCCACUUCGUCGGCGAAUGAGUUUCAGCAGCUCCAAAAUUUGAUUUCUGGUAACUGUUCAUCUUCAGUUUCCUCUCAAAAUGAAAAUGCCGUAAUUUGCGAGUAUUCCCAGCCAAGCUCUUCAAUUGAAAUUGUCGAUAGAGAUGAAUGUACAAACCUCGAUGAAUCUAAUUUUGAUUCUUUAUGUUAUCUUACUGAGUUGCAACGCGAUUGUUCAGUGCUUCCGUAUACAAAUCUGACCAUCAAAUCUCUUCCCCAUCGAAUACCUGCUAAUAGUAUCUUGCGAAAACUCCAUCAUUUGAUCAAACGUAACUCUUCAGAACGUUCUAUCUGGCUGCACCAACGUUCAACUCAAAAUAUCCUAGAUUCUACUAAGCAUACUUCAAAAACUUUUCAAAUUCUCAAGGUAUUCCAUAAUUAUUCAAAUAAUUUGUCUGGAUUGGCAGCAUUUGGUGUACGUGAAAUUAUAGCACCUUUAGAAAAUAAAGCUGAAGUACCUAAUGAUAAUGAAGAUGUACCGAAUAAAUUCGCUAUUCUGCUUCUACCUAUUUCUGGCGUAUCUUCUGGGACAGAAGAAUUGUUUUCAUUCACUGCAGCAAAUCUCGUUUUAGGUGAUGAUUUAAAAUGUGGAGAUUCUAUCGUUAUAUUUAAUCCUUGGUCGACAUUUACUUCCGAUGAAUUCAAUAAUUUACCUAUUAUGCAUUCGUUCUUCUGGGUUGAACGUUUAAAACAUGGGGUUUCAAGUGAAGUAGAAAAUGAUUUUCCUAAUUCCCAAAUAAACUCUGUUAAACCUGAAGUAAUUAAUUGUUCAUGUUUAAUAUCAUGUGAUCCAUCUGUUAUUAUGAAUUGUUCUAAACGUUUUAAAAGAUUAGCACAGUCAAACUCAUCUACCACUCAAGCGUUUCAACUUUCCUCUGGAAAUUUAUUGACAGAAAUAUUUACUAGAAAAUGUUUUCUAGUCUUGGGUUGCUAUCGAUUUUGGUUACUGAAGAAACUGAGAUAUAUUUUACUAGUUUGGCAUUACAACGAUUGUCCUGGACUUAUUCUUCUACCGGACCAAUUAGUAUAUUCGAGUAACUUCAACAAUCCUGUUGUUUCUUGUCAAGAUUUUCAUAUUGGAAGUGUGUACACAUCUGAGUCACUUUUACAACUUCCUACUGAUCAAUUGCAAGACAAUGUUCAAAAAGAAGUACUUUAUCAUUUAAAUGAAAUUAGACUUAGUUUGGAAUCGAAAUAUGUCAAUAGUUUCAAUCACUUCAUUCAUGGUUCAACGAUUCACAAUAUUCCUACCACUGAAAAACAGUUCAUAGAUCAUUCAAACUGUUCUAUAAAGUUAUGGGAAGCUCGCGCAUCUCAUUUCUAUUUGAUGGAAUCAAAUUAUGUUCACUUUAAUUUAUCAACUCCGUACAAAAUUAGUCUGGAUUAUUGUACGCGUUGUUCCAUCAGCGGUUACUUUUUGCUUGAGCCAACUGAAGGUUCACUUGCAAAAGAUAUUGCUUUAGAUUGGUGCAACACUGAAAGUAAAAAAUUGAAAUGUUCUUCAAAAAAUACAAUCAUAUCUAUUGGUGAACAAAAAUUUACGCGAAUAUUUUAUUUGUGGGUUUCUGAGUCUGUUACAUCGACAUUAAUCCCAUGUAUUUGUUUAAUUGAUGUUAUUUCACCUAUGGAAUUAAUUUAUGAACAUUUAUUUGCUGUUUCAUCAACAUCGAACUUUUUAUCGACUACUGGAUUCGGUGUUUAUUUAAACAUUGAUGAAGCAUUGUUUUUUGGUAAUUUCAUUCUUCUAGAUCGUUAUACAUUACUUAAAACUGAGAAUUAUUUGCAACAUUCUUUACCAAUAUAUUCGCUAAAAAAUUCUCUCUUCAAACAGAUUUAUUCAAGUCACAUUUUAAUACAGUCACUUGAAGAUGUGAAUAAGUUACGUGUUCAUCAAAUUGUUAGUUUUUCAGGUACAUUGAUUCGUGUAGACACUAGUCGAUCACAUGUUUGGCCUAUUUGUCCUUAUUGUGCAUGCGCUGAUUUUGAAAUUCAUCCUAGUGUUGUUGAUAAUAAAACCAAACAUUUUUCUAAACAAGAAAAUUUGAAAUGUGUCCGAUGUUUGGCGCAUUUAUCAAAUCCUCUUCAACGAUUAGAACUAGAAGUACAAGUUUUAAUCAAUUUUGAUAAUGAUCAAUCCAAUGUUAAUAAAUUGAAAAGACAUAAAUCAUCGGUAGAAUUUACACUGAACAUGGCUUCUUGGCGACUUUGUAAAUUACUGAAUGUGACACAAUCAAAUCUACUGAAGGAAUCAGGUCUUAAUGCACAAGAUUUAGUAAAUUGUAAUUUAGACAAUGUAAUCGGAAUAAUUGUGCAUAUACCGAACAAAGUGUUUUCAACCAAUAAUCUACAAAAAUACACUGGUCAUUUGAGAAAUAUUUAUGUGAUCGAAUUAGAUCAAAUGAAAAAAAUGACAAUUAAAUCCUGUAAAAAUGACCUUGUAAAUCAUAAUAACUAA